AUGAUGGUGCUGGUGUGCGGCCGCAGGUUGUUGCGGCGGGGCUCCCGCUCCGCGUUGCUGGCCGCGCUCUCGGUGCUGCUGCUGCAGACGCUGCUGCUGUGGAGCUUCAGCAGCCUGGACGGAGAGAGCGGGGAGACCGGGGGACAGAGCCCGGACACCGGGCAGCACCGGGACCGCAGCAGGCACAUCCGAGAAAUACCCGCCAGAGGAGCAGCCUUCCCCGGACACGGGCUGGGUGUGCUUCUUUCUCAUAAGCCAAAGGAAAAAAAUCGGAUUGACAGUAAUAAUGAAAACUCUGUCCCGAAAGACUUUGAAAAUAUUGACAAUAGUAAUUUUGGGCCCAGAAUACAAAAGCAGAAGUUGCAGCCGGAAGUGAAAAGUAAAGCACCAACUGAGAAGAAAGCCAAGUAUGAGCAGGUGGGCAAAGCCAAGGAUCAUUCAUUGCUGGGCAAGGGCACCAAUGAAGUCCUGAAGUAUGGGAACUAUCAGGCAAAAAAUGCCAGCAAUUUGCAACCAAACCACAAGACUGGGAAUGUUUAUAAAGAUGUGGUGAUUGGAAAAAAUACACAAGAAAUCCAUUAUGAGCAGACUCCCAGAUGUGAAAUAUCAGGCAAGGAAGCAUUGUCCGCACUCUCCAGGGCGAAAAGCAAACAUUGUCAGCAGGAGAUCGCUGAGCUCUAUUGCCUUCAUAAAGAUGGCAAGUUAAUGCCAGAAAAGGCACCUCGAUUGUGUCCGCUGGAGGGUAAAGCAGCAAAUAAUAUCCAGCCAGAGGAUGACUCCUUGGAAUCUCUGCCUCAGAAUCCUGUCAGAAUUGCCUUUGUUUUGGUUGUUCACGGUCGAGCUUCACGACAGCUGCGGCGGAUGUUCAAGGCGAUUUAUCACCGAGAUCACUACUAUUACAUUCACGUGGACAAGCGAUCGAACUAUCUGCACCGUGACGUGUUAGAGUUUGCCAACCAGUACCCAAAUGUGCGAGUCACGCCUUGGCGAAUGGCCACCAUCUGGGGUGGUGCAAGUCUGCUGACCAUGUACCUGCAGACUAUGCGGGAUCUACUGGAGAUGAAAGACUGGUCCUGGGACUUCUUCAUCAACCUGAGUGCUGCCGACUAUCCGAUUAGGACGAAUGAUCAAUUGGUCGCUUUCUUGUCGAGAUACAGAGAUAUGAAUUUUCUGAAGUCUCAUGGCAGAGAUAAUGCGAGGUUCAUAAGGAAGCAGGGUUUAGACAGGAUUUUCUUUGAGUGUGAUACACACAUGUGGCGCCUAGGAGACAGGAAAAUCCCUGAAGGUAUCACUGUCGAUGGUGGUUCUGACUGGUUCCUCCUCAGUAGAAAAUUUGUGGAAUAUGUGAACUAUUCUGAAGAUGAGCUGGUGAGCCACAUGAAGCGGUUCUAUGCCUACACCCUGCUGCCUGCUGAGUCCUUCUUCCAUACUGUCCUGGAGAAUAGUCAGCUCUGUGAGACGAUGGUGGAUAACAACUUGCGGAUUACCAACUGGAAUCGGAAACUUGGCUGCAAGUGCCAGUAUAAACACAUCGUGGACUGGUGUGGCUGCUCCCCCAAUGACUUCAAGCCACAAGAUUUCCACCGCUUCCAGCAAACGGCGAGGCCAACGUUUUUUGCUCGGAAGUUUGAGGCCGCAGUUAACCAAGAGAUCAUUGGUCAGCUGGAUGCCUAUCUGUUUGGGAACUACCCAGCUGGCAUGACAGCCCUGAAGGCGUACUGGGAAAAUGUAUACGAUGAGCCGGAUGGCAUCCAUAGCAUCAGCGACACAUACUUGACCAUGUAUCACUCGUUCACCCGCCUUGGUCUCAAAAGAGCAGAGUCUUCCUGGCAUUCCAAAGAGGAGAAUAAGUGCAGAUAUUACCCUAUGGGCAAUCCAGUCUCAGUGCAUCUCUAUUUCUAUGCUGACCGGUUCCAAGGCUAUCUGCUGAAACACUAUGCGACAAAUCUGGCCACCAGCAAAUUGGAAACACUGGAGACUUGGGUGAUGCCAAGAAAAAUGUUUAAAAUUUCAAGUCCCACCAAUGACUUUACACGGCUGCAGUUUGCUGAGACUGGCACAGAAUGGGAUGCUAAGGAGAGAAUUUUUCGAAACUAUGGUGGCCUCAUUGGGCCAAUGGAUGAGCCUAUUGGCAUGCAAAAGUGGGGCAAGGGCCCUAACGCCACAGUCACUGUCGUUUGGAUCGAUCCAAUUAAUGUCAUUGCAGCUACGUAUGAUAUUCAGAUCGAGUCUGGUGCCGAGUUCACUCAUUACAAACCUCCACUCAACCUCCCCCUGCGUCCAGGUCUCUGGACUGUCAAAAUUCUGCACCGCUGGACACCAGUGGCUGAGACAAAAUUUUUAGUGACUCCACUGACAUUUUCAAACAGGCAGCCAAUCGGAAAAGGAGAAGCACUCAAGUUACAUAGUGGCCCAUCUAAGAAUGCCUACAUGGAGCAGAGUUUUCAAGGCCUGAGGAAUACUUUGAAUAUACACUCUACUCCCAAGCAAGUGGAACAGGCAAAACAUAAUGCAGCACUCACUGGCUCACAGCUGGAGAGCUGGGUGGAUCCCAUGGUGACCAGUUUGUGGUCGGCUGUGGAUAUCUGUGCCAGUGGCCCCACCUCUUGCCCGAUCAUGCACACAUGCAGCCAAACAACCUGGAGUUCAGAGAGUCCAGACCCCAAAUCAGAAUUGGGGCCAGUCAAAGCAAAUGGGCGUUUGAGGUAGCACCUAAUGCAUUCCUGAACCAUCAUAAAAAUACAAAUUGCCAAUUGGGUUUUCCUGUUAGUUCUUAGCAACAGUUCCCGGAUGUCUUCAUAGAAUUGUGGCAAAGCUAGGGCAGUGUAUCUAAACUGAAGAUGUUGAUACUGACAGAGGUAAACAGUGUUAGCUGUGCUGGUACUGUGAAAGAACAGAUGUAUUAUCAUGUACUACAGAAAGUCUAGAAGGAAACUUUAGCACUCUAUUUAUUUAAACAUUUUAGUCAGUGACUAAUGAGUAGGCGCUGCUUUUGCAGCUUUGGUAUAUAUAUAUAUAUCCUAUUACUAAUCUGCCUUUAUUAACAAAGGCCUGUGUCCAGACUUCCUACCGCCUUUAACUGUAUCUGAUCUAAAACCUGUAGAGGGUCUUAAAGCUUGUCAACAGGAUUAUUUAAAUUAAAAUCAAAUAGUUACACCUAGUGUAAGAGAGAGAGUCAGUUCUCCCAAACGGGUUGUAACGCACUUUGUUGAUCCAGUGCUUUCAGCACUGACUAUUCUAUUACAGAUGAUCAGAGCAUUAUACUGCAGCCAGGAAUCACACCAGGAUCAGAGAAUGAUGUCGUGGGACCAUCAGUGUUAGCAACCUCAAAGCAAAUUAGAGUUUAUUCGAAUUUUUCAUGGCAAUGAUAUAGCAACUCUUUUUAACCUAUUUAGAUCAAGCAUUCCUUUUAAACUUAUUUUUUUUAAAUCUUGCAUCUAAUUUUGCAAAAAAAAUCACAUUGCACUUUCAAAGAGAAAGCUUUUUGAAUAUAGAACCAGAAACACAUCCUUCUGUUCAACAUGGCUAAAAAUCAGAUAUCUUUGAUUGAACAUUCUUUACUGGAGCUAAUUAAAAAUUUGAAUGUUUUUACUUCUUUUAUAUAUGUUAUUAGAGCAUCUCAGAAGUGCUUCGUGUUGGCCCUUCCAUGCAGUUUGCAUUAAUCGUCAUCCUUUGAUGUGAUGUGUGGGCAGGGUUUGUUAACUUUAUUGCAGGUGAUAGGUCUUGUGAACAGUUAGUGUCAUGCACACACAUUUGAUCUCAGCAUGUGAAGCUACAGUCUGUAGCGUUUUUAGACUAACAGGCAGACCAGCAACCCUGCGUAUUUACUUCAUCACAUCAAAAUAAUCUAAAUCCCUGCUCCUAUUAGUGUGAAAAUCAGAUGAAACCCACCUUUGUUUCAACUUGUGUUAUAAAGGUCUAUCAGUAUUCCUGUUAAUAAUUUGUAUUUGAGUAACUUAUUGUUAAACAUUAGAUGGGUUCAGAGUUGCAUUUCACAGUUAGCAUUGCCUCACUCAAACUCCAUUCCUACUUUGAGUUGAAAUAUUUCUCGGCUUGUUCUGUGUGAACUCAACAGUAACAAUACUUGCUAAAACCCUUGGGUGGCUAACGAUUUACAGUUAUCCAAAUCACAGGGUCCUUCUUGUUCACAGCAACUUGGCAACAAAAGGGGAAAUGAAGAAUUGCUGAACGGACAUGGGAAAUACUGUGAAUAUUGAGCAGAUUAGUCAACAGAUGGGAGGCAGUGACAGGGUCCCUAUUGUGGACAUUCCCAUCACCCCAUCACAGGGUUCCAUUUCAAAAAUCACUCUACUUCCCUCUCUACAAAUUAGUUCAUUUCAAGUGCACUUUGAACAUUGUUUUAAUCCAGAUUUUCAUCUCUGACCAUGUUUUUAAACUAUAUAAUCACAUAUUUACUGAAGUGAAUAAUUCACAUGAUCAAGCUCUGGGCAUCAGUUUUCUAUCCAUUUCGAUGUAACAUUUAAUUUAUACAAUUUAGUUGAUCUGGUGCCCCCCACCCCCGUCAUAAAUUUGUGACAAAAUCUAAAACAAACAGAACUUUGCUUCAAAAGGCUGGUGGGUUUAGUGGCAGGAACAGGAAUGGAAAAGUGUGUGAUCAGGAUUUCUGCCCACACCAAUCCUGCCUCAGCCACACUAGAUUAGCAAUGUUAAUACUGUCUAGAAUUUGUGCAACUUUGAACAAACUGAUUUCAAAAAUUAACUUCAGGUGAUUUUCAUUGUAAUAAUGUAUCCAUUUCCCAGUUGAUGAAUGAUUUGUGUUUAUCUCAUAAUUUCAGUCUGUUUAAAUCAAUGGUUGUAAUAGGAUGCAAACAGGUAACAGAAAAAUCUCCAUAUUCCUGUUAGGCACGGGGACCACAAAUCAUUCCUAAUUUGAGAAGGGGUGAAAUUAGAAAUACAACCGAUCAGUUUAGAAGAUUGAAGAUAGGACAUCAUUAGGCUUUUUGUCUUCAGUCAUUGAAAAUGAAAAGCCUUUUAUAUAAAAAAAAGUGAAAUACACUUUGGAGAUCCUGCCUGUAAAGGAACGAUUAUUGGCCUGAUGUUUUUUCUAGCAUUUAUGAAUACACACUGAAGACUCCCCAAGGCUCCAUCAUCCCAGAACCAACCUUUAAAAUGUACACAGCAGGUAUCCUUUUCCAAUUUGUGCAGCAUUUCAAAAUGUGCACGUUAAAAACCUCAGGUUGGCUGAGACCAUUUCACAACUAAGCAACCUUUUUACACUUGGGAGGCAGUGGGGGGGAUGUGAAUCUCUGAAAUUAUUCAGCAGCUGUCCAUUUUUAAUUCUCUGCUGUUAAUGCCAUGUAUUAAUUAUCAUGAAGCUGUCAACUCAAUGCCUUCUUCCUCCUGUGCUGAGGGGGAGCUGUCAUGGGUGCUACCUCACGUGAAUGAGAGCAUAUUUUACCCAACAUCAUUGCUACUGGAAAUAUCUUCAGAGCCUGUUUCACCUGAGCUGAAUGUAUGAUCUAUGCAAGCUGUUCCUUGUCAUGAGAACACAACGCAAUUGAAAUUAAACUUGCCAAAUAAACUGCAAGAUACUGUACAGACGUCUCUGAUAACAGAGAGAACAUUCAGGUGCUGUUCACUGCACCAAAUUUGUAAAUUGUCACGUAUUUUGUUCAACGGGCAUUGUUAGUCACAGUUAGGUCAAUUUUUGCCCAAAGACUGUACUGAAGAGUCUUUGCGUUAUUAACGAUACACUUGUUACAUGUCAACAAAUGCGUGGCUGUCAGAUAGUCAGUGCUGGCUUAUUCCUUUGCCUCCUGAUAAAUUAUUGAUUGUGCCCUCAUUUUAAAAUUCUAAAGACUACCUUAUGCAAUUAAAAAAAUUAUGGCUAUUUUAUUAUAAAUCCAAAUAAGCAUUUAAAAAGAAACUAAGAAUUAUUUUAAACUGGACAUGUACUUACAGGAAAAGGACUAAUUCCAACAUGCAACUCCUUGCAAGGUGUAGAUAUUUGUUAUUUAUUUAAAGGAAUAAAAUAUUUUGAAGUUUUAAAAGAUGUUUAAUUUGACAAUUGGGUCAAAAGUUCUGAAAGCCAGUACGGUUUCCUGUAUGUAGAAUGUUUUAUUCAGCAAAUAUUGCACUAGCUGUUUUGCACCCAAUUGCCCUCCAAUUAGCAGAGAGAUAAUGAAACACAGAAAUUGUGCCUUAACUGCUUUCUGGUCUGAGGAAGUCUGCUUUUGUCUGACAAAGCAAGUUUUUGCAGGUUAUCAACAGUUGUAUUAAAUGCUGUAUCGUACCAAAAACUGCUGUUGUAUAUAGAUGCCUACUGUCCUAUUGUGGUUU